AUUUAUAAGGAUGGACGACGUUCGGAUAACCUUCAAGUGAUUUUGUCAAAUAAAUUAGUGAUAACAAGUGUAGUACUCUUAUUUUCAGUGUAUCUAUCAAACUCUUAUCGUCAUCAUUUAACUAACUAUCGGUUUCUACGACAGUAUCAAAGAUGACUGCUCUAAAUAGAGUGCUAUGUUUAACGUCGGCGAUUCCUAAAAAUGCAAGGUUCAUAAGUACAAGUGCGGUGAGAUUGAACGCGGACGAUGGCUGGCUAUCGAAGUUGUUGGUGCGGCGGAUAGAGCCCACCAAGGAGUCCCACAGCCGCAUGCUGAGUGAUAAGGAGAUCGUAUACGCGCUGCACACGCACAAUAUCCGGCCGGACUCCGUGGACAAAUACCUGAAAAACUACAAAACCUCUGUGGAGUUUGUGCACUCCCGCAAGGCGGAGCUUGGCUGUGAGCUGGUGGGGUCAUGGACCGUGUCCGUGGGGGACAUGGACCAGGCGCUGCACCUGUGGCGGUACACCGGCGGCUUCGAGAAGAUUGACAAGGCCAAGCAGCUGUUUAGGGAAAAUGAUGACUACCGCACGCUGGAGAAGGAGCGUGGGGGGCUGGUGCGCUCGCGGCACCUGCAGUACCUGCUGGCCUUCAGCUUCUGGCCCAACGGGGAGCCCCGGGAGCCCAACAACAUCUACGAGAUCAGAUCUUACAGUCUGAAGCCGGGCACGAUGAUCGAGUGGGGUAACAACUGGGCGCGCGGGCUGUCGUACCGCCAGGCGCAGAACGAGGCCUUCGCCGGCUACUUCUCACAGAUCGGACGGCUCUACAAUGUGCACCAUAUUUGGUGCUACAAGAACCUGCAGGCGCGGCGCGAGACCCGCGAGAGCACGUGGCGCAACCCCGGCUGGGACGAGUGCGUGGCCUACACCGUGCCGCUCAUCCGCGAGAUGCACUGCCGCAUCCUCGAGCCCACCGAGUUCUCGCCCACGCAGUAGAUGAGCGAUUACGAUGAUGUACGGUACGUUUGGUGCAGGUUUUUGUAGUUCGCGUACAUAGUGGCGCCUCUCGCGGAAAGUAACAUGAUACUUUUCAAAGAAAAUGUAUGAAUAGAAAACGUUUUUCUAGAUUUUGUUAGCUAUAAAACCUGUACUAAGGGUACCCUUACUGAGUGUGGGUGACGAUUGGUUUAUAACGGCAGUUAGUUAGGUAGAUUGGAGCGCUCCUAGAGCCACGUAAGCUAUGAAAACCAAGGCACUUGCUACAACCUAACCCAUACUCAGAUUACAGAAGAGAGAUGUCCGAAAUCAUAAUAACACCUUUCACAUUGAAACCUUAAAUUGGAUAGUCAAGCUGACCUAGAUAAAGUAGAUCACAUAUCAAUAGUACGCGCCUAGUAACACUCUACAAUUUUCAUGUAAUGGUGCUGAAUACUGUAUAAAUAAACGCAACUAAAAUUACCAAUUGCUCAUUUAUGACGAACUACUGCCGUCGAGUAAAGAUAACAUCGCUAGUCGAUUGAAAACGUAGUCCCAGAGGAUGUCAAAAGCUAUAAGCAGUUUCCUAUUUUUUAUAAAUGUAUUCGAAUUUUAUAGGCUGAAUGCGAAAGAAAUCGAAGUAGAAUAUUGUAUAAUUUACCUGGUAAUUUACAGCCAAUAAAAAUAAUUUGAGCAGUUAUUUUGUCAUACCUACAUAACAAGAGAACCUAUAUCUGUUUAGUUUUAGUAGGCAUGCUUUUUAAAUGUAUAUUUCAACGUUGGAAUAGGUGUACAACUGAGUUGAUAUUGUUAAUAACUGCACAAUAUUAUUUGUAGAAUAGUUUUACUUUUCGUUUUAUAAUUAUAGGCAUUGGCAUUUAUUCUACAUUUAUCGUUAUAGAAAUUUUACUUACCUAAAACUACAUGUAAUAUAUCUUGUAAAUUAAGAUCAACAUUAGUUAUAAGUACACUGUAUUUUUUCUUUACACUAUGUUUUUGUUCAUGUUUUAAAUAUGAAAUUAGAUUUUUUUAAUCAGC